GAUGAGGAGUCAUUGAACAACAAACUCUGUACUUUCACCAUAACCCAGAAAGAAUUUAUGAACCAGCACUGGUACCACUGUCACACGUGUAAGAUGGUGGAUGGUGUAGGUGUGUGUACUGUGUGUGCCAAAGUCUGCCACAAAGAUCAUGACCUGACCUACGCCAAGUUUGGCUCCUUUUUCUGUGAUUGUGGCGCAAAAGAGGAUGGAAGUUGUAAGGCAUUAGUUAAGAGAGUCCCACAGAGUGCUAUGGAUUGUAAUGACAGUAUAGCUGGACAGUCCCCUUUCUCUAUGGACACCAUGUUACAGAGCAGUCUCAGGAGAAGACUGUCCUCUCCCUGUCCCACAGAAAACACCAAGGCGGACAACAAAGCCAUAGAACUGGCCAACAAGACCAGGGAACUCCUGGGAAAACAGCUAGAGGGAUGCAGAGAUCUUCUCAUUGGAUAUCUGGACUCCAGUGAGACUGUAGGGGUGGUCCUUGAUAUGUUGAAGACAAUACUACCAUCCCUGACGGAGAAUUAUUUGAAGGUGUCCCCCAUGGGGAGCACACAGAGGGCCCAGAAAGCUCUGUAUAGCCUCCACAACACCCCCAAACUCACACAGCACACCGACGAACUGAUGACUGUGACCCUUGGCUCUCAAGAGGGAGCGUUUGAGAAUGUGAGGAUGAACUACAGUGGGGACCAAGGACAGCAGAUAAGACAGCUGAUCAAUUCUCACUAUCUGAGAAGGGUGGCCAUGUGUGUGUUAGCUUCUCCCCACGGCAAGAGACAACACCUGGCUGUCAGUCACGAGAAAGGGAAGAUCACAAUCCUACAGCUGUCAGCCCUGCUUAAACAGGCCGACUCCAGCAAAAAGAAACUCACAUUGACGAGACUGGCAUCAGCUCCUAUCCCAUUCACUGUGUUGUCUAUCAUGGGAAAUCCUUGUAAUGAAGAUUACCUAGCAGUUACUGGAUUGAAGGACUGUCAUGUUUUGACAUUCACCAGCUCUGGACAAGUGUCAGAUCACCUUGUCCUCCACCCAACUCUGACUUCAGGAAACUUUAUCAUCAAACCUAUAUGGCUGCCAGGCACCCAGACUGAGCUAGCCAUUGUUACAGCAGAUUUUGUCAAGAUUUAUAACCUAAGUGUGGAUGCACUCAGCCCCCAGUACUACUUUUUGCUGCCAAGUGGUAAGAUUCGUGAUGCCACAUUUAUAUGCACAGAAGAAGGCCGCUACAUGGUGUUGAUGGCAUCUAGUGGAUAUAUAUACACACAGAUCAUGGAUGAAAGUAGCAGUGCCAAGAAUGGACCGUUCUAUAUUACCAAUGUCAUGGAUGUUGAACAUUCAGAUUUAAAGGAAGUGAACAAUUUGGUGGCAGGAGGGGGUGUGUCUGUUUACUACUCACAUGCUCUCCAGUUGAUCUUCUUCAGCUAUACUCAAGGAAAGAGUUUUGCUGCAACAGUUUCCAAGGAUUUGUCUAAGACUCCAAUGCUAUUUCCAAUUACUCUCAAAGCAAAUGGGACCUCAAAGGGGAGUACUUCUGUCCAGCCCUUGGUCCAGUGGUCCGAGGUCCCAGGUCAUACGGGUCUGAUGUACAGCAUGACCCAGACCUCCAACAACCCUGUGGUUCUCAUGAUACAGCUGGACAGCAUCAUGGUUCAGGAAAUCAAAGUUGUCCCCGCCAAAGCAAAGAUUCAAGAUGUUGUUGCUAUAAGACAUACUGCUUCCAAUUCAGAUCAGCAACACAGAACCACUAUGAUUUUGCUCUGUGAAGAUGGAAGCCUAAGAAUAUACAUGGCCAAUGUCAACACCACAAAUUUCUGGCUGUCCCCCUAUCUACAGCCCCAGAGUCCCAUUUCUGUCCUCAAACCAAUCAAGAAAAAGAGAUCUACCAAGUCAGGUAGACCCACUGGAUCAGUUUCCUUUCCCAUUGAUUUCUUUGAGCACUGUCAGCAGAGUAAUGAUAUAGAGUUUGGUGGAAAUGAUUUGCUACAGAUUUACAAUGCUCAACAGAUAAAACAUAGGCUUAACACUAUUGGGAUGUAUGUUGCAAGCACAAAGCCAUUUGGGUUUACCGUGGAGAUCAGUAACACAAACUCUGCCAAUGUGAUGGUGGGAUGUCGCGUGUUGGUGGGGACCCAGAGUACUGAGAGAGCCCCAUCUUAUAUAGAGGUCUUUGGAAGAACCACGCAGGUGAAAGUUACCAGGGCUAGAUGGUUUGACUUGCCCUUCACAAGAGAAGAAUCUCUAACUGCUGACAAAAAAAUCACGCUCCAUUUUGGAGCCAGUGUGGAUCCUGGUGGAGUGACAAUGGUGGACUUUAUCAAAGUUUUUGUCAAGACAAAGGAAUCCUUUGGCUGGCCAGAGGAACCUGACGAGUUCCUGGAGUCCCAGACUCAGAAGGCGCUGUCCUCCUCGGGGGGUAUGACUUCAGGGGAGAGUGAGGUGGUCCCCUCAGCGGCCCCCCUCCCACUCACCUCAGCUGACAGACUGUUAGGAAGUGCCCUGGAGGUGUUAGACGGAGCCUUUGCUGCAUGCCCUUUGGAAGAUAAGGGUAUAACUGAGAUGAGAACUGACACACUAGAUAUUGCUACCAGUCUCCUAAAUCUACCAAUGCCAGACAGUGUACAGUCCCAUACCAAGUCAUUACUGGCCUCUCUCUUCCCAACCUCACAGGCUUACUACAACCACAAGGACCAGGCUGAGCUGAAGCAUGUGAUGGCCAGUCUGAACAAGGACAAAGCUUUAGAUGUGGAGGCUUACCAGAGACUUCUGGUGACGGCCAGAUCUGUAGCUGUAUCCAGGUCUAACAACCUCAUCAAGUUUGCUGAGAAAGGAAACAAAGAUGAAGAAGUUUUAGAAGUCACAGAUUUAGAAGAUGAAAAAGAUGAGAAACCAGCACCAUCUAUUGCCAGUCUCUCUGACCUUGACCCCAAAGAGAAGACCCAUUUUGUGACCCAGUUAAUGGAAGCUUUCUGGGCCUUACACAGUGCUAAGCCUGCCAACCCCAUGCUGGCCCCCGUGUGUCUCCCUGGCCUGGCCCACGUGGAUGCCACAGUAGGGGCUCUGGUGGAGAUUAUCCAUGCCUUUGCUAUCAGUGACUUUGACCAUGUGUCCCUGGCCACUAAGCUGUAUGUGAAGAUGUUACUAUGUCCUGACCAGCUGGUCAGUUUCUCCUGUAAGCAGGCUCUGAUUCGCUGUCUGAGGCCCCGACACAGACGUAGGAGGGUGUUUAUACCAUCUCCUCCUAGGUGUAAUUCACCAGGUGGUGGAGCUGAUGAUGAUGAUGAUGACGAUGAAGAUGAUGAUGACAAUGACAAGGGAGAUAAACCAGUACAGAACGUGGUGGAGCCUGUGGUUCCUCCUCACUCGGUAGAGAUAGAGGAACACAAUGAUGUAGACGAUGCUGAUGAACAAUUUGAAGUUGUGGAGCAUGAUGAGCCCAUGGUACUUGAGCCAGGUGACCCUGAACCAGAGGAAGGUAACCGGUUACCAUUAGAGGCCCUGCUAGCCAGUCGUAACUUUCCUAUGGUGGAUAUCCCACCUGAUGCUGAUGAUGAAACAAUGGUAGAACUGGCCAUAGCACUCAGCCUCCAAGACCAGCCAGGAAAUAGUAACUCUCUUGGUUUGCAAGGACUUGGACUUAACAACGUACAGUCUGCACUGCAGAAUGCCAUAUCUAUUGAGGAGGGCCCAAUGUCAGACACGACAGCCUCAGCUCCUGGCAGUGAUGAUGAAAUGGGGAGUAAUGCCGCCACUGAUGGAUCUACCCUCCGUACUUCUCCUGCAGAGCAUGCUGGGAGUGCAGGAUCAGAGAGUGGAGGAAGUGCCAUAGAAUCUAUAGUGAGUGGCAGAAGCAGUGCUUAUGGAGACAGAGACAGGGAGAGUAACACAUUUGGACCCAGGAGUGAAACUAGCAGUGUGGGUAUACCAAGUGGCUCCCUACAACAGGAAGUAGACGGCACAGAUGUCGACGCUGACUAUGAUGCUUCAGUCAGGCUGCAUAAUUUGCGCUUGAUGAUAAUGGAGAGACUUUUACAAUAUCUGCCAGAGAUGAGGAAUGUAGGAGGUGUUAGAGUGAUACCUUACAUGCAGGUCUUACUAAUGCUGACAUCAGAUCUGGACAGUGAGGAAGAAAAAGACAAAGGAGCUCUGGAUGCUCUGUUAACAGCCAUUGUCAAGGAACUGGACCUCACUGGAAAAGAUUUGGAGCAGAUUGCCAUCAGAAAUCAAUGCUAUGAAGUCAAACUUGUCCUUCUGAGACUGCUUAGUGUUCUACUGUCAAGAACAAAAACAGGAAAUAAACCUGCUGGGGAGUCUUCCUCCUCCUUCAUCAGCAAUGCUUCAGCAGCGGCCCUCAUAUCAAGUGGAGCCAUUCCUUACUGCCUCACUAUUCUACAAAACCUGCUGCCAUUCUGGAAACAGUACUCAGCUACAGAAGAGGAGGGUAGUGCAGUUACAGGACAAUUAUUGAAGCCUCACCCCACAUCCCCACCCCCAGACAUGUCGCCUUUCUUCCUGCGUCAGUAUGUUAAGGGACAUGCUAAUGAUGUCUUCGAGGAUUACCCUCAGAUGCUGACUGAGAUGGUGCUUAGACUGCCAUAUCAGCUGAAGAAGAUUUCUGAGAGUGUUUCAAGUGUUCCAUCUGCAACUUUUGAAAAGCAAUGGAACACAAUUUUGUCAGAGUACAUGAUGACUCAGCAGACACCUUACUUCAAACGACAAGUCAGAAAGCUGCUGCUGUUUAUAAGUGGAACCAAAGAGAAGUACAGACAGCUGAGGGACCUACAUGCUGUAGAGUCCCACCUUCAAACUGUGACAGAACUGUGUAAGGAGGGAGGGUUAGACAUCAAUGAGGACGAGGUCACGCCUGCCCCUGUAGUCCUCAACUACGAUACACUCCUUAAUAUUAUUGAGCAUUUGAAGUUCUGCAGUGACACUGCUAGCAGUAGGCCUGUCAACUGGCAGUUGUACUGUCGAGACAACCAAAAUGUGAUGAUAUUUUUGGUGAGGGCCAGUAUCCUCCUGAAUGAGGGGGUAGCCCCCACCCUCCUACAGCUGUUACAGAGUGCCCUGUGUGGAAAUAAAUCAGAGGAGGGAAAAGAUGGAGGGAAAUCUAGUGUAACAGGGUCCCCUGGAAAACCCAAGAAAGAUAAGGACAAGGAUAAAAAUGACCAGGAUUCAGAUGAUGGACAGAAGCACGAUGAGGCCCUUUGUCUGAGCCUGGUCCAGCUGUUGAUGAAGAUCCUGGACAGAGAUCUCCUGGUGAAGUUUGUACGCACCUUCCUCCUGGAGUCUAACUCCACCAGUAUCCGCUGGCAGGCCCACAGUCUGUUACACAGUAUCUAUAAAAACUCCAGUCUGUCGGAACAGGAGAGGCUGCUGGAACUGUUGUGGGAUCUCUGGAAAGAGCUGCCACAGCAUGGACGAAAGGCUUCUCAGUUUGUGGAUCUGCUCGGCUACUUCCUGCUGAAAACUCCACAGACUUCUGAGAAAAAAACAAAAGAAUAUCUGGACAAAGCUGUAGCUGUGUUGAGACAGGAAAAUCAAGUUUUAACAAACCAUCCUAAUGCCCAGAUAUACAACAUGUUGCAAGGUCUAGUGGACUUUGAUGGAUAUUAUCUGGAAAGUGACCCUUGCCUUGUUUGUAACAAUCCAGAAGUUCCAUAUGCUAAUCUGAAGCUGUCAUCAAUCAAGGUGGACUCUAAGUUUACCACCACCACACAGAUUGUGAAGCUAGUGGGAAGUCACACCAUCUCUAAGAUCACUCUGAGGAUCAGUGACCUGAAGAGAACCAAAAUGGUCCGAGUUCUCAACAUUUAUUACAACAACAGAACUGUACAGGCUGUGGUGGAACUCAAAAACAAACCUGGACUUUGGCAUAAAGCGAGAAAGAUGACCUUGACCACAGGUCAGACAGAUGUCAAGGUUGAAUUCCCCAUCCCUAUUGUGGCCUGUAAUCUGAUGAUAGAGUAUGCUGAUUUCUAUGAUAAUCUCCAGGCCACGGCUGAGACACUUCAAUGCCCCCGCUGUAGUGCCUCAGUACCUGCUAACCCAGGAGUGUGUGGGAACUGUGGGGAGAAUGUGUUCCAGUGUCACAAGUGCAGAGCCAUUAACUAUGAUGAGAAGGAUCCCUUCCUCUGCAAUGCUUGUGGAUUCUGUAAAUAUGCCAAGUUUGACUUCACUCUGACUGCCAAACCCUGCUGUGCUGUUGAUCCCAUUGAAAAUGAGGAGGACAGAAAGAAGGCUAUUGGAACCAUCAACACCCUACUGGAGAAAGCUGACAGAAUAUACAGAAAUUUACAGCAACACAGACCACAACUGGAAAAGCUGCUGAUUCAAGUCAAAGAACAUGGAUCUGAAAGGGAGGAGGGGGUUAGUGCCAGUGGUGCCAGCAGUGGGAGUGUCCCAGGCAGUAGUGUCAACAAGUCCAUACAACAACUGGCCCUCAAGUACUGCAACGAGUGUAAAUCAUCAUUUGAUGAACUCAGCAAGAUCAUUCAGAAGGUAAUGGCUUCCCGUAAGGAGUUGGUGGAGUAUGACUGUCAGCAGCAGGAAGCUGUGGCCGCUGCCAGCCGAGUCUCUCCUGUCACAAGUCCCAGAGACAUCACAGAAUCACCUCUCAAGGCUCGCAAAGUUCCCAGCUGUAGUAAACCACAAGGCAAGGGGAGUGCCCGAACCAGUAACUGCUUUGGAUGUGCCAGUGCUGCAGUGGAACAUUGUAUUACAUUACUGAGAGCUCUGGUCACCAACACCAACCUCAGACAGAUGCUGUGUAGCCAGGGCAUGAUCAAGGAGCUUAUUGAUUACAACUUGAGACAUGGUACUUUGCAAGUCAGAAUAGCUGUGUUGUCCCUGCUGUGUAUGUUGACCAAAGACAACCGUAAAGGAACAGAGGAAAUGAACAAUCUGAUAAUGAACAGGAUAGCUGGGGCACUUAAAGGCCAUUUGUCCAACCCAGAUCUGGGUUCUUCUGUGAGACAUGAGAUCAUGCUGCUUGCCACAUCUCUAGAGCAGGAGGACAGUUGUUGGGAACAAAGAGUCAGAUGUGUGAUGAGAUUGUUCCUGAUGGGGAUGCAGAUGAAGCAGCCAGUGAUAAUGGACACUAUAACAUUACCUUGUCUGAGGAUUCUUCAACAACUGGUCAAACCUGAUGGAGGUGCUGGAAAGAAGGAGAAGCAGAGCCAAGAGAUUUCAGUCCCCUUGAAGUAUGUGUCAGCUGACUUACAUGUAAACAGUAAGGCUUGGCUAUCAGGGGACAUCAAGCACUCAUUUCAGGCCUGGCAGAAGAGGCUCCCUAGAAGAGGAGUUGCUGAAUCUGCUGAAAAAUCUGAGAAAAAGGAAGGCAAGAAAGAAGCCAGAGCUUUGUAUUUGAUGGAGAAGUAUGGGAACAGAUGGAGAGAGAAGAUGUGGAAGACUCCACCCAUCCACCUAAAGCUGACCCAGACAACGUGGCUACAACAGGCCAUGUUUACACCCUCCUCCCGGUCUGCCCGACAGACAGCCUGUAGUAUCAUAGAGUCUAUCUCCCAGAUACCAUCGCGUAAAAAGGAGAUUAUUGACAUGCUUACCAAAUGCUUGGAUGAAAUUUGUAAAAGUGGAGAGUGUGCCACAGAAUUCCUUGCUCUCUUCAAACGGAUGAUCAGUCAGCCUCACUGGAAGUGUUACCUGUCUAUCAGAGGAGUGCUGCUGCACUUAGGGGAUCUUAUCUCCAAGGAGGUAGAACAGCUUCAGUAUUUGGAAGAAACCACCCUCAGCUCGGAUUUAGCUCAAGGAUUUGCUCUGAAAGCCCUUACAGAACUGGUAUCCCUGUUUGUGGAACAAGAUGUGAUCAAGCAUUACUACAAGAACAAGUUGGUAGGUUAUGUGUUGAAUGGCUACUUGUCCCUGAGGAAGCUGGUGGUGCAGAGGACCAAGCUGAUAGACGACACACAAGACAAACUCCUGGAACUGCUGGAAGAGCUCACCACAGGCACUGAGUCAGAAACAAAGGAGUUCAUGCAAGUGUGUGUGAAGACAGUAAAGAAAUAUCCAGAUGAUGACUACAGAUCCCCAGUUUUCAUCUUUGAGAGGCUUUGCAGCAUUAUUUUCCCUGAGGAGAAUGAUGUUGGGGAGUUUUUAAUGAUUCUUGAGAAGGACCCUCAACAAGAAGACUUCCUGCAGGGGAGGAUGCUGGGUAAUCCAUAUAGCUCCAAUGAACCAGGACUGGGACCUCUGAUGAGAGAUGUCAAAAACAAGAUUUGUCAAGAUUGUGAGUUGGUAGCAUUACUGGAAGAUGAUACAGGAAUGGAGUUACUGGUGAACAAGAAGAUUAUCAGCCUGGACUUACCUGUAAGUGAGGUCUACAAGAAGAUCUGGGCCCCGGAGCAUGGUGAGGGGGAACCUAUGCCUAUCAUCUACAGAAUGAGGGGAUUACUGGGGGAUGCCACUGAGGACAUGGUCAACUCUCUGGACUCCAGCUCAGAGGAAGACGUGGACAAAGAAGAGGUGUAUAAAAUGGCUGCUGUGUUAGCUGAAGGAGAUGGUCUCAAAGUUAUGCUCAACAGACUGGCCACUAUAAAGGACCUUGUCCUAGGUCGACAGCUGAUGACAGUGUUACUGAAGUUGUUUGGCUUUGUGGUAAAUGUGAAGGCCUGCAGACAGGAGCUGAUUAAGCCAGAGAUGAACACCAUUAACAUCAUGCUGGGGGCCCUGAACUUAGCUCUGUGGGCGGAGCAUGAGAGUGGCACCAGUACUAAGGGACAGACCAUAACAGAACAGAUCCUACAGAUAAUGGAGGUCAUACUGCUAGAGGCUAGCAGUCAGGACCCAGAGAUCUACACUAAUUUUUCCAAGCUGUGCGGCAAUAAGGAUCAGCUGUUAAUGUUACUGGACAGAAUCAACAGUCUGUUUGUGAGAUCUAAUCCCAGUGUUCUCCAGGGAAUGAUGAGACUGAUUGCCUUCCUGGCCUUUGGAGAGGAGGACAAAAUGCUGGUUCUCCUCAAUCACUUCAAACCAUACCUAGACUUCACCAAAUUUGAUUUGGAACAUUCUCAAGAUGAGACUGUACAUUUAGAUUGUUUCUGUGAGGUGGCUUGUGGAAUUGAGAGCAAUGCUAAUGGAAUAAGACUAAAGAACAUGAUAGCAGAUCAUGGCAUCACCAAAAUGGCAGUAGACUAUAUUCUACAGAAUUCACCCAAAGUCAAAACUCUUUUACCAACUGACACAGAGAACUGGAAGGACUUUAUACAGAAGCCUGCAUUGAGUUAUGUACUGCGACUCCUGACGGGUCUCAGUCAGGGCCACCCUCCCACACAGCUUCUGAUCGGGGCCGAAUGUAUCCCUAUCCUCCACAAGCUGGAGCAGGCCUCCUCCGACCAGCACAUAGGGACAAUGGCCGAGAAUUUACUGGAGGCUCUCAGACAUAAUGAGGAAGUGGCUGCAAAGAUUGAGGAUUUCAGACAACAAACCAAAGCUGAAAAGAAAAGACUGGCCAUGGCCAAGAGAAAGAAACAACUUGGAGCUUUAGGAAUGAAGACUAAUGAGAAGGGGCAGGUAACGGUGGAGAGUUCCGUCCUGAAGCAGAUAGAAGACCUGAAAGAAGAGACGGGUUUAACCUGUUGUAUCUGUAGAGAAGGAUAUCGCUACCAACCCCAAAAGGUUUUGGCUAUUUACACAUUUUCUAAGAGAGUGUACCUGGAUGACUUUGAGAACAAACCAAGGAAGUCUGUCGGUUAUACUACAGUGUCUCACUUCAAUGUUAUUCAUGUGGACUGUCACACAGCCGCUGUCAGACAUGCUAGGGGAAGAGAAGAAUGGGAGAGUGCAGCUCUACAGAAUGCCAACACUAAGUGUAAUGGAUUGUUACCCCUCUGGGGACCUCAUGUCCAAGAGUCGGCAUUUGCUACUUGUCUGGCAAGACACAACACCUACCUUCAGGAGUGUACUGGAGUCCGAGACCCGAGCUAUCUGUACAAUGUACAUGACCUGAAGCUGCUGAUAAUAAAGUUUGCUCAGGAGAAAUCCUUCAGUGAGGAGAGUGGAGGGGGAGGGAGACAAAGUAACAUGCAUCUACUCCCCUACAUCAUGCAUAUGGCUCUAUAUGUCAUCAACACGACAAGGUCUGUCACUAGAGAAGAAAAGAACUUGGGAAAUUUCCUUGAUGCUGCCAAAGACAAAUGGAUUGAAAGUUGUUAUGAGACUGAGGGCCCUCUGUACUGGACCACCAUGGCUCUCCACAUUUUAUCACAAGCCAAGUGGAAGGAGAAGAGGGUUCAGUUGCUGGACCGCCUCAUGGUUCUGAGUCAGACUCGACACGUGACCCCAGGGGGAGCAAAGACGUUGGCAGAUAAAGCAGUUAAAGAGUACAGUGUGUACAAACCCUGCCUGGUGUUCUUUGGAAUCAUCAAUGCUGUUUAUGAGAAAGUAUUCAAGAAGGUAACCUUGAGUGGAGACAAUACCUGGAGCUCUGCUGUGGCGGACUACAUCAGAAAUAAUGACAAAGUCGUCAUAGAGGCCUGUGACAAGGUGCUGGCCACUUACCAGGACGAGAUACUGCCCUGUGAAUCUUUCUCAGAGUUUUGCGAUGUUGUUGGGCUUCUGGAGGAAAUACCUGACCCAGAUUCCUACUUAAACAACCUUUUUGCGUCUUUGCCCUAGUAAGGUGUACCAUUCAAAUGAUGUAGACUUGCUUUUGUGUGUGCUUUUUCUGUGAAUUCUUUGGGACAAUUUAUCAGUCAGUGUAGAUUCUUUGUGACGCAGUAUUAUAUCAUCAUACUAAAUUCAUGUAGAACACUUGUUUAAAUCUGCGAUUGGAAGAAGUUUCAAACUAGCUUUUUGAAAAUUUUUAAACUUGGCUUAAUGGAGAUGUCAAAUUAUGUAUACAAUUUCAGUUAUAUUGUUUUGCUUUUUAGUGAGCUUGUUAAUUUUUCAGGGCAAAUUGAUACCCAUUUCUAGCUUUGUUUAAAGAUAUUAUACUGUAUAUCAAUAUUUUUUUUUUCAUAGAUAAGAAAUAUUUCUGUGUUUAUAUUUGUAGUACAAAAAAUAUGAAAAUGUAAUGUUCUCUCAUGGUCUUUUUGAUUUACCAAAAAAUUGUGUACUCUAGAUUUUGAACUUGCCUGUACUGGUAUAUGUGUUUUUCCAUGCACUUGGUAUUUUACAUCACAGGGAUUUGGAGAUUUGCUUUUGAUAUUUCGAUUUUGGCUAAUUAUGAUAAAAAAAAAAAUAGGCUUCUUUAGAAAUGUACAAUGUAAAUCAUAAUUGAGAAAUUUCUGUUGAAGUGGGGAAGGGAAAGGAUCAUUUACAAUUUUUUUUUUGCAAGAUCAAAAUGAAAGCAGUGGGGAAGGGGGAUUUAGAACAUUUUUGAAAAUUUACAUAGUACAUGUACUAUAUUAAUGUGGAAAGUUAAUUAUGUUUAAGAAUGUUUUAAAGAUAUAGACAGAUAUAUUUCUAGGAAUGUUUAUGCUUUUCGCAACAAAAUGCACAGGAAAUAUGCUUCAUGUGUGCUGUAUUCAAAGAAUAAAUAUUGUACUGAUGUGAUA